CAAUUGAAAAGACGUCAAUAAAUUCAAAAAUAAUAAAACACCGAAAGUUAUUAAACCAAAAUCAUAGCCUAAAUUAGAAUAUCAAAAAACAAUUGGAGCAUAAAGGUUAUUGAGUUUAAGUGCUGCUCCCAUAUAAAUUGCCUAACAGAGUUUGACCUAAUUUUGAGCUAAUUUUUUUAAUAAAAAAAACAUGUCGUUUUACUACAAGUGGCUCGAUGGACCCUUUUAUGAAAAGAAAAAUCGCAUAGAUGGCAAAGUGGUGAUUGUCACCGGCAGCAAUACUGGCAUUGGCAAGGAAAUAGCCCUGGAAAUGGCCAAGCGUGGUGCCCAUGUACAUAUGGCCUGCCGCAAUUUAGAAAGAUGUGAAGAAGCCCGUCUCGAUAUCAUCAAGCAGUCGGGCAACUCAAAUGUUUUCAAUCGCCAGCUGGAUUUGGCCUCUUUGCAGUCGGUGCGUGAUUUUGCAGCCAAAUUUAAUCAGGAAGUAGAUCGAUUGGACAUACUGAUCAACAAUGCUGGCAUCAUGGCCCCUCCACGUAUGCUCAGUGCUGAUGGCUAUGAACUGCAAUUUGCUGUCAACCAUUUGGGUCACUUUUUGCUAACCAAUCUGUUGCUGGAUAAGCUGAAGGCCUCAGCCCCCAGCAGAAUAGUGGUGCUUAGUUCCAUGGCUCACACAUGGGGCAGAAUACAAAAGGAUGACAUCAAUAGCGAGAAAAAGUAUAGUGCUUUCAGUGCUUAUGGCCAAAGUAAAUUGGCCAAUAUUUUGUUUACCCGUAAAUUGGCCAAAAUGCUGAAGAGCUCCAACGCCAAGGUAGACAUCAAUUGCUUACAUCCCGGUGUGGUGCAAACCGAGAUAAGCCGCAACAAUAGCAUAAUGAAAGUGGGCGCUGCUUUGUUUUCAAAAUUGUUUCUGCGCUCCCCCAAGGGUGGAGCCCAGACUGCCAUAUAUUUGGCCUUAGAUCCCGAUUUGGAGGGUAUCUCAGGUGGUUACUAUGAUAACAUGGCCUUGGCACCAUUGAAGAAAGACGCCAAAGAUGAUGAAAUGGCCGACUGGUUGUGGAGGAAGAGUGAAAAAAUGGUUGCCCUAAAAGGCGAUAAGGCGGAGGAAAAUGACGAAGAAAAUUAAUAAAAAAUUUGUGUCAAAAAUAGAAGCAAAACUGGAUUACAUGCGUGUUUGAAUAUUUUAUUAUCAUAAUUAAAUAAUUGGUA